CACUUUGACUUGACACUGGGUCCAUGCAACGAUUAUCAUCGUCUCCACAUGCUGCCGUUACUUCCACAAGUUUUUCCACAAAUGCACCUGGUUGAAAUAGGCUAAAAAGCAAAAUAUAAAAAGAUGGAAAGCAUUUGAGAAAAGGAGGAAUCACUCCCCGCUGUAAUGAAGACAGUUUCCAGCAAAGUUGGUUUGCUGAGCAACUGCUCGAGCUCCAUGCAACCCUUUUCGCUUAUUAAUACCAGAAACAAAAGAAUUCCCCUUAUUAAUGUCAGAAAGCAAAUAAUUCCAAGGGUGUGCCACUGCCACUGCCACCUCGAGAGGGAGGGGAAAAUGAAGGAAAUGGUUGAGAAGAUGACAAGAGGCAUUCGCACGGGGAUUUGCGCUGUGGCAGGUGCAGCAGUGAUGCUAAAAUUUUCUGCCUUGGCAGUGGCAGAACCUUUGACUGUUGCGUUUCCUGCCUCUAACGCUCGCGAGGUUAAUACAGUUCAGAGAACUUUAGUAGAAGCAUGGGGAGUAGUUCGGGAAACAUUUGUAGAUUCCACCUUCAAUCAUCAAGAUUGGGACUUGAAAUUGCAGCAAACAAUGGUUGAAAUGUUUCCUUUGAAGUCUGCUGAUGCGGCUUAUGGUAAGAUUAGCAACAUGCUUGCAACACUGGGAGACCCUUUCACACGUCUCAUUAGUCCAAAGGAAUAUCAGAGUUUUAGAAUAGGAAGUGAUGGUAACCUUCAAGGUGUGGGUCUCUUUAUUGGCACGGAACCUAUUUCUGGUCGCCUGACCGUGUUAUCUUCAAUAGUUGGGAGUCCUGCUGCACGAGCUGGUAUACAUGCAGGGGAUGAACUGGUUGAAAUUGAUGGUGAAUCCCUUGUAGGAAUGAAUGGAGAAGAAGCAGCACAAAAGCUUAGAGGGCGUGUUGGCACAUCUGUUAUGAUUAAGCUACAGAAUGCAGCAGACUAUGAAGGAGGAGCAAAAAUUAGAGAGGUUACCCUAUCACGGGAGACUAUUUUGCUUUCGCCUGUGUCUAGUGCUAUUAUUCUUCACAAGACACCUGAUGGUCAUCUUAUGAAGACAGGAUAUGUCCGAUUAUCUGCAUUCUCUCAGAAUGCUGCUAUAGACAUGGAGAAUGCAGUCAAUGCAUUGGAGAAUCAAGAUGUUCAAUCAUACAUCUUGGAUCUACGGAAUAAUCCUGGGGGGCUUGUAAAAGUUGGACUUGAUGUUGCACAAAUAUGGUUGGAUGGUGAUGAGACUUUAGUUAAUACCAUUGACCGAGAUGGUAACAUGUUGCCUAUUAAUAUGGUCAACGGGCAUGCGCUGACCCAUGAUCCUCUUGUGAUUCUGGUAAAUGAAGGUAGUGCAAGUGCAAGUGAAAUCCUUGCAGGGGCAUUGCAUGACAAUGGGCGUGCUAAACUUGUUGGUCACAAGACCUUUGGCAAAGGAAAAAUUCAGAGUGUAACCGAGCUACAUGAUGGGUCAGCUCUGUUUGUAACCGUCGCAAAGUAUAUAUCACCAGCACUGCAUGAUAUCGAUCAAGUGGGUAUUUUACCUGACGUCCAAUGUAUGCCAGAUAUGCUUAACCUGCAGAAGACAAGUUCAACCUUUGAAAAACCUUUGAAGAUUGCAGAAGAGCCUGCUUCAUCUUUAGAGAGGGAUUCUUGCAUAUUGGUGGCUGAGCAUGAGUUGGAUGUUCAAGCAUCAUAAAAGGGAACUCCUCCUAAGAUAUGUAAUCUUGGUUGUAUAUUUAGAAGGGUCGUAUGAUAGUUGUGCAUAUUUUUCAUUUAAAAUUCUGAUGUAAAAUGUUUCUUACAAUGGAAUAGUAGUCAAUUUUACUGUAAUAUAUAUGUCCAUUCUUAUUAAUCAUAAAUACUUUUGUCUCA